AUGAAAUUUAAUAAAAUAUCUAAAGCAUAUAUUGAUUAUUUUGGUAAAAAUGCAAUUACAGAUUUAAAAACAAUAAUUGAAAAGAAUAUUAAUAAUGGAAGUUCAAUACCAAAUAUUUUAAUUGGUGGUACACAAUUAACAGGUAAAUCAACAAUGGGAAAGAAAUUAGCAAAUCAUUUCUCCAAAGGUAAAUUUUAUUCAGUUGGUGGAUUUUUUAGAGAGGCAGCAGCAUUAGCUAAUAUCUCAAUUGCUGAACAAUCAAAAUUAUUACGUAUAAUUCAAGAGAAUAAAGAUCAAUCAUCGGUUGAACAUGCUUUAAAAAGAUUAGGUGGUAAAAGAUUAGAUAUCGAAAUGGAUUAUAAAACUUGUCAAAUAAUUUCUGGUAUAAAUCAAAUUAAUUUCCAAAAAGAAAAACAAAAAGAAGAAAAUUAUAAAUAUUUAGUAAUUGAAGGCAGACAACCAGCAACAAUGGGAUAUUUUACAGAAUCAUUAGGUAGAGAAGAUUUAAUUAAAAUUUAUGUAACAUGCAGUUCAAGAGAAAGAGCAAUCAGAUUCAUCGGUAGAGAAAUUGGUGAACAAUAUGCUAUUGAAGCUAAUAAAUUUUUACCAACUUCCAGUGAAAAAGUCAAUGGACCAUUAUCAAAUUUAACCUAUGAAAUUUCAAAAUUACCAAUACCAAAUAUUGAUUUCAUUGUAAAAGAAUUUGAAAAAAAUCAAAAUAGAGAUGAAGAUGAUAGACAAAGAUAUAUAGAUUUAUAUGGUAUGGAUUACGAAGACAUGGGUUAUUAUGAUUUUGUAAUUGACACAACUGGUGAAACCUCUGAAAAUAAUUUCAAUAAAGCUAUUAAAUAUUUAAAUGAUAUUAAUUUUGAAAAGAUAUUAAAAAAAUAA